UUAGUCCAGUAAUGCAUCCUUUUGCAUCAUUGAGGACCCAUUGUGGACCUGCUAGCUUCUCUGGUCAGAGGACCUCCUAUGUCACAUAGCAGGCCAAUGCAUGUAAAUCCCUUCAAACACCUGAGGCCAAUGCAUGUAAAUCCCUUCAAACACCUGUGGAUCAACCAGAGGGCCCAGCUCUGGCAUUGCCAAAAGAAGAAAAACAGCAGAGAAGUGCCCUGUACAGCAAAAGAAGGGCCCCUCAACCCCUCACUGUCGGGCUUGUUGGUGCACAAAACGGCCAGAAACAGACGCAAGGUUGUAUUAAUCAGGUUUUGCAAUGCUUUGGAAGUUUUCAAGCUGUCUGCACAACCCGAGGCUCGCUAAGCUUCUUCUGCACCAGUGCACUGUACAAACAAGGCAAAUGGCAAAAGUCAGUGUCAAUGGUGUUGGCAUCAACUAUGAACAGGCUGGUACUGGUCCACACACAGUCCUCUGCAUGCCAGGAGCCUUGGGCUCGGCGCUCACCGACUUCGGACCCCAGCUGAAGUCGCUGGCGGGCGCCGAGCUGACGCUGGUCGCCUGGGACCCGCCCGGCUACGGCCUCAGCCGGCCGCCCGACCGCUCGUUCGGCCCGCUCUUCUUCAGGGAGGAUGCGGAGGCGGCCGCCGGGCUCAUGCAGGCUCUGGGAUAUGACAAGUACUCGGUGAUGGGAUGGAGUGACGGAGGCAACUCGGCCGUCAUCCUCGCCGCCAUGAGACCCGAGAACGUUACCAAGCUGGUCAUCUGGGGCGCCAACGCCUACGUCACUGACAAGGAUUCGGAACUGUACGAAGCGGUGCGCGACAUCGACAAGUGGUCGGAGCGGAUGAAGGCGCCGAUGUUGGAGCUCUACGGCGAAGGCUACUUCCGCAGCACCUGGAACGCCUGGGUGGACGGAAUAUCGGCUUUGAAGAACACAGAGAACGGCAUCUGUCGGCGGGAGGCGACUCAGGUGCGGUGCCCCACGCUGCUGGUGCACGGCGCCAAGGACGCCAUGGUGCCGGCCGAGCACCCUGAGUUCUUCAGCAAGCACAUCCCCGACGUCAGGCUGCACAUGUUCCCAGAGGGCAAGCACAACCUGCACAUGCGCUUCGCCGACGAGUUCAACACACUGGUGACCGACUUCCUGAUGGGUCGCUGAGGGGCGGUACCUGGCUGCAGCGCGAACCGGGGCGGUGUGUUUGGCAGACGGGGGACGCUGGCGCAGAGUGAGCGCGACGACGGCGUCAGAAAAAAAAAUGGACAUGUAUUGCUCUGUAGGGGCGUUGGCUUCGUGUUUGGCAGAGGGCUCUGGCUGGAACGUUUUUGGGGCUGUGGCAUAUUAACGCUUAUGGGGCGCGCCGCGGAGGAAGGGGAUCCGUGACGACCCUGCUUGGAGGAACAGUAACGACCCUGCCUGUUAGCUGUUGAGCGCGAGACGAGACCGUGUAACAAUGCAGCGGAGGAUUGUGCUGGCGGGCUGAACCCAGCGCUGUGUGGCGUGGUGCAGUGCAAAUUUAGUCCAAAUGUACUUCAGGCCCCAGCGCCUGAACAGUCAUGGUCAGCGGUGACCUCAUAGUUUGAAUAUAUUUCCACGUUUUU